AUGGCUGAGGAACCCUCAUCUGUCCCCCUCAGAGGGGAGGGUCCUUCCCUGGAUGCAGCACAAUUUAUGACUGCCACCCAGAUCCAGGACUUAAUUAAUAAGUCAGUCCAAGCGGCCCUGGCCUCAUCCAUAAUGCCCUCUGGCCUGCAACAACAGGUUUCCAAUAUCUCGGCUCCCCUUCAUGGCGGAGAUCCACAUGUUAAAAAGGGCAAGGCUUCCCAUAAAAGGAAGCACAUCUCUGACUCCCCGGCAGGGGAAGAUAAUAACAUGCUCCAGACAGUCCCUACCCCGGUCUGUCAACCCCAGCAUCCCUCUGACUCCGCUCGACCCCUGGGCCUCGGAGAGUUACAUGGCAAGAGGCGUAAGUCCGCUAAGCGCACAAAACCCGACUCCUAUGUAGACUCCUCUACUGAGGACUCUUCGGGUUCCUCUAAUGAGUCUGAGGACUACGAGUCAGACCCCAAUAUUGAACAGGAUGCUGGGGAUACAGCGCUCGACACCGACGCCAACCCUGCCAUGCAGGGCAAUGUUAUCCUGGAUUCCCUAGGAGAACCCCUUUUUCACCCAGACGCGAUCUCCCAUCCGAGAUCAGGCGACUGGUCUCCACUCCCCCACGUGGCCCAAUAUGUAGAGCUUUGGGCUUGUAAAUCUCUGGAUAGGUCCAGCCGUAAUAAGCUGAGGGCGGAAUGCCCUAGACCCUUUAUCCCCAAUAAGGUGGUGGCUACCCCGGAGGUGGACCCCAUCCUGAUGAAAUACUUAUUAAAAUCGGGUAAAUUUCCUAAGAAGGGAAUAGAACGUUCCUUCAAAACCAUACAGGAGCGUAUCCUGGAUUUAAUGGGUCCUCUCACUAAGAUCCUGAAUUUAGCCGAGCAUGCUGCGGCGUCGGAGGAACCCGUAGACGUCCGUCAGCUCCGCGGCUGGGCCCAGAGAGCCAUUUGCCUGGCAGGCCACAGGGCAGACCAGUUGCCCAAUACCAUUAUUCCCAGGCUCCUCCUUCCUACACCGUUCCAGUGGUCCAACCAUCCCCAUUCUUCCCUCCUCGUGGUCGACCCUGGAGAAGUCGUGGCGGACGUGGAUACCCCCGCUCCCGUCCUUCUACCGGUGAGUGUACCAUACAGCCCACUUUCUCAUAUACCUGUGGGGGGGCGACUGAUGUAUUUUACCCACGCCUGGUCUGCGAUUACGGCAGACGUGUGGGUUCUUCAGACAGUGGCGGGGUUUCACCUAGAACUCCAGUCCUUACCGGUUCUGGGUGUAAUUCCAACCCCUAUCCGGUUCUCGGAGCAAAAUGCGAUCCUCAUAGACAACGAGGUGCGAGAUCUCCUGUCCAAACAUGCGAUCAUGGAGUCCGACCCAUCUUCCCUAGGGUUCAUAAGCAACCUCUUCCUAGUGAAGAAGAAAGGGGGCGGCUACCGCCCGGUCAUAAACCUGAGAGACCUAAACCAACAUGUCAUGUAUCGCCAUUUCAAAAUGGAGGGAAUUCACUCACUCCGGGAUCUUUUGCUGCCAGGAGACUGGCUGGUGAAGGUGGACUUGAAGGACGCAUACCUUACCGUUCCCAUACACCCGGAGUCACAACAGUUCCUCCGUUUUCUUUGGAGGGGCAGAUUGUGGCAGUUUACGUGCCUUCCGUUCGGCCUAUCAUCCGCCCCGUGGUGCUUCACCAAACUGAUGAAACCGGUGGUGGCGGCUCUGAGGAGCAGGGGGGUUCGUCUGAUCAUUUAUUUAGACGACCUUCUUAUCAUGGCCCGAUCCAAAUCUCAGGCCUCUCUUCACAUGUCGUGGACAAUAUCGUUGCUACAUACUCUAGGCUUCGUGGUCAACCGAGAAAAGUCGGUUCUCGUCCCGGCUCAGGAAAUGGAGUUCCUGGGUUUCUUGGUGGACACCAAUCGCGCACUACUGCGGCUCCCCAAGUCCAAACUAGCCCUGAUCCGCAAAGAAAUCAGGGCGGUUUUGCGCAAAGGAUGCUUGUCAUUAAGGAUUCUGGCGCGCCUGGUGGGGCUCCUGGCGGCUUCCAUCCAGGCCAUCUUUCCGGCCCCCCUGCACUACCGAGCCCUUCAGAGGCUCAAGAUCUUGCAUCUGCGCCAGGGCCUCAGGUACGCAGACAAAGUACCCCUCUGUCCGGCGGCUACCGAGGAGUUACAUUGGUGGCUUCGUCAUGCUGUCGAGUGGAAUGGCAAAGCCAUUUUCAACCCGCGUCCGGACGUCAUCAUAGAGUCGGACGCGAGCCGUCUUGGCUGGGGCGCUCGAUGCGGGGAGAUUUCCACAGAAGGGACUUGGUCCGCCUUGGAAGUCGACCUGCAUAUCAAUGCAUUGGAGCUUCUGGCGGCUUUCUUUGCCGUCAAGAGCUUCAUGCCUCGUUCGUCCAACUGUUGUGUGUUAUUACGCAUGGACAACGUGGCGGCGGUUCAGUACGUCAACCGCUUAGGGGGUACCAGAUCCAAGAUCCUGGCAGACCUGGCCAAGGAAUUCUGGCACUUUUGCCUAGCUCGCAACAUUAUCCCGGUAGCGGAGUACAUUCCAGGGGUCUCCAACACGGUGGCCGAUUGGAAUUCUCGCUAUCUCCUCGAUUCCAGCGACUGGCGCCUGGAUCGUUCAAUUUUUCUGCAGUUGCUUCACCUUUGGGGCCCGUUAUACGUGGACCUUUUCGCUUCUCGCCUCAACCACCAACUGCCUCAUUUCUUCAGCUGGAGACCGGAUCCAGAAGCGUCUGCGGUAGACGCUCUCCGCCUCCUCUGGCCGAGGGGAACUCACUAUGCCUUUCCUCCUUUCCAGUUGAUCCCCAGGGUCCUCUUGCAUACGACGAACCAGAGGGCAACGGUUGUGCUGAUCACACCUUGGUGGCCGACACAACCAUGGUUCCCUCUUCUUUUGGGGAUGAUCGUGGAUUAUCCCCGGCUGUUACCCCAAGUUCCUCACCUUCUCACCAACCCGGCCGGGAGUCUCCAUCCUCUGGUGAUGGAGGGCAACCUGCCUCUCCUAGCGUGGUAUCAAUCGACCUGGGAUGUCUCCAGGUUGCUCGAUAUGUUUGCCUCAUGGGUGGACAAUGACGACCUUUCCCUGAAACUGUUGUCUUAUAAACUGACGGUCCUUCUUUGUUUGGUAUCCAUCAAACGUGUCUCAGACGUGAAGGCUUUGGACAUCUCUAGGCGACAAUUUUCGCCUCAGGGAGUAAAAUUCUCGGUGGUCCGUAGGACCAAGACAGGUAUUCACUCGGUUUUUUACCCGUUUUUUCCCGCGCAUCCACGGCUUUGCGUGGUUCGUUGUUUACAGGCGUACGAAUCACAGACGGCGGAUCUGCGCUCUCCGGAUUUCUCUCAGCUCCUGGUCUCAUAUGUCAGACCACAUCAUCCAGUUACCUCCGCUACUCUAGCACGCUGGGUACGUUCUGCCAUGGAGAUGGCAGGUAUAGAUGUGUCUCUGUUUGGAGCUCACUCUUCCAGGGGUGCUAUGGCUACGAAAAUCGUCACAUCAGGGGGCUCCCUCUCUGACUUAUUGAUGGCGGCCGAUUGGUCUUCGGAGACCACCUUUCGCCAUUUCUACUUCAGGCCGGAGGACCACGUGUCUAUGUCGGUCUUAUAA